AUGGACAAAACACAGAACACGGACAGCACAGACUACAGAACAUGGACAGAACAUAGACAGGACUUGAACAGAACAAAGAACAUGGACAAAACACAGGACAUGGACAGACAGCUCUCUCAAGUGGGACGCCAAUUCUACAACACAGACAUCGAAGUGGAAAUCCUGUCCAAAGAGGAGACGGAGAAGAUGACGUAUGUGGUUUAUAAGAUGAACUUUGACAACGCCGCCUUCAAACACCGCAUGCCGCAGCAGAAGACGGCGCCGGGCUACGAGAAGCUGCCGAUGAAGCGAGGCAUCUUUUUCGACAUGUUCCCCUUCAGCGUCAUCUUUCGCCGCGACAUGACCAUGUACCGCAUCGGUGACGGCCUCAAAGAGGUCUUCUCUGACCUGCAGGGCAAAAAGGUCAACGAGGAGUUCACUCUGAUUCGACCCAUGCUGGAGUUCAGCUGGGACAACAUCUACACUCACCUGAACAACGUGUUUGAGCUGCUGUCCAAAGCGGUGGUGGAGAGCAAGCAGAAGGUCAACAUCCCCAAACUGAGCACAGAGGAGCCGGAGGAGAAGGAAGACAACGAGAAGGCGAAGAGGGAAGAGGAGAGAGCAGAUGCGAAGGCGGUGGAGGAGAUGAAGGGCACAGACCAGGAGUACAGCAACCCUCUGACUCAGUACAACAGCUUUGCAAACUCUGGAGGCGAAGACAUCGAGCUGCUGGCGUUCCAGACCGUCACCGGGAAGUGCUGUGAGACCAUCUUUGAGGACAUGAGGGAGCCUCCGAAGAAACCUCUGCACCUGAAGGGCCAGAUGAAGUACGUCCCCCAGUGGGACUCCCUCAUCUUCCUGGGGACACCCAUCAUCGAGACGGUGGAGGACAUGAUAAAGAUGGGCGUGUAUGUGAACGACCUGAACCUGCACGACUCCAGCAGAGAGCUGAUUCUGGCCGGGACACAACAGUCGGCUGAGCUGCAGCUGGCGCUCGACCAGGAGCAACAAAAAUACGCUCAGCUGCAGGAAAUCAUCAAGAAGCUGGACGAGGAGAAGAAGAGAGGAGACUCUCUGCUGUACGCCAUGAUCCCUAAAGCUGUGGCUGACCGCCUCAGGAAGGGGAUCACCGCACUGGAGACAUGCCAGGUGUUUCCAGAUGUGACCAUCCUGUUCAGCGACGUGGUCAAGUUUAACGAGAUCUGCAUCCACAUCACACCCAUGCAGGUGGUGGACAUGCUCAAUGAGAUCUACAUCGUCUUCGACACGCUCAGCGAGAAACACAACGUCUACAAGGUGGAGACGAUUCGUGACGCCUACAUGGUGGUGGCCGGCGUGCCCAACAAGACCACCUUUCACGCACACCAUAUCUGCGACAUGGCCCUGGACAUGCUGAGCUCCAUCGACCACCUUAAAGACCCGUCCACCGGAGACAACAUCCAGAUCAGAGUCGGUAUUCACUCAGGUAUGGUGGUGGCGGGCGUGGUGGGUCUGAAGAUGCCUCGCUACUGUCUGUUCGGGGACACAGUGAACACAGCCUCCAGGAUGGAGAGCAACGGAGUGGGCAUGCAGAUCCACAUCAGUCAGACCACCAAAGACCACCUGGAACAUGAGCCCUACAUCAUCGAGGAGCGGGGGAAGAUCUUUGUGAAGGGUAAAGGCUACAUGAAGACCUACUGGCUGAAAGGAAAGAAAGAUCUAUCAUUCAAGACCCCGGCCGAGCUGCGCUACAGCGGCGAGCAGAAAGACUCUGAGGACAAGAGCUCUAAUGGCUCCACAAGCACCAACGCUAAACAACUGGGCUCCAACUUCCACAUCACCAGCAACGAGGAGCAAGCUGAAGGGAAGCCGAGCCCCAGCGACCUCCCCCUGGACACCCUGCCCCCACCAGAGGCCGCCAACGAGCCCACCGCCACGUCAGCCGAGCCGCAGGAGAGGGAGAAAGCCAAAAAGACUAAAAACAACAAGAUGGCCAAGCUGGAGGUGGCCCAGGGAAACACGAGGCCGGAGUCUUCGUCACCUGCAGACGGCCUGGAGAACCCGGGUCCUUUACUGAGCAUCAAGAGGAACAGCUUCAGGCAGCAGUACGCCAAGCUGCCCGCCAACCUGCCCAUGCGCAGCGCCUCCUGCUCCAUCCUGUGAGCGCACGGUCCGAGCGUGAGGUCACAAGACGACUGCGACAUGGAACAAAGAAGUGAUGCUGAAAAUAUCCUCAAAGUUUAAUCAACAUUUAUGCUCAGUGAUGAUCUGCAUUCUGAUGUCAUAUCAUGCUGAAGGCUCGUGAUAAAAACAUGAAUUAUAUGGCAGCAAUAAUUAAACAUUCUCCAUUAACGUCUGCUUGUUUUAAUAAGGUAAAGUUUGUGCAACAUUUAAGGCUCCAGAUGCUUCAUGACUGGGUGCACUUAUGUUGUCUGCUGAUAAAGGAUGCACUGCAUUUAAAGGUCCAGUGUGGAGGAUUUAAAAUGAGUCUGUUUUCUUUAGUGUUUAAUCAGCUGAGAAUAAGAAUCAUUGUGUUUUCAUCUCCUUAAAGGCUCAGACACACCAAACACACCUCAAGGAAGUAGCGACAACAAAAGCCGGCUGUUACAUCACCUCACGUUGCCAUGUCCUGGCCAAAAAGUUGCACAUGAACACAUUGUGACAGCUGACGACCAAUCAGCUCGUCCAUUCUGCUGAGAGGAAAUAAGUCUCCACAGCAGCA